CUGAGCUUUGAGAAUAUAAGUAUUUUAUGUUUGUAUAUGUUUUUUCAGAAUUCUAUGCGCAUUUACAUGUUAUAUGUCGAGGCUUGAAAUACGUUUAAUGUCAAUAUUGAUCGGUAUCUGAACAUUUCUGCCGGAUGUUUUGAUAUCGUGUUGGUGUUUCACCGGCGGUGCAGCAGCCAGUCGGUUUUCCAGUAGGAAAAAGCGCCAACUUCUGCGGCACCGUGGUCUGAAUUGACAAACACUCUGUAAAUGGCUUUAAGGCUGGAUAUUCCGUAAAAUAUACUCAACUUCAGUCUGGGAUGACUUUUUUAGUGAGGUGCGCUGUUGCAUCUCCGAAGUGAAAAUCACCCUCAAGACUCCGGGAGAAAAAAAAAAAAAAAAAAGAUGCCAGGUCUGCAAGGUGAACACGUUGUGGCGGCGCAGGGGAGCCCCAUCAAGAAGAGCAAACUGUCUCUGAAGUUCUUCCAGAAGAAAGAAACCAAACGGGCUCUGGAUUUCUCUGAACCUCAAGCAGAUGAAGCCAAAUCAGUUGAACCAGUGGAGCCUGAGCCAAGCAGCUGUGAUCAGAUGGUUCCUGGUCCGUCUCCAUGUCCGACCUCGCCCGGCCUGCUGCUGCCAUGUGAGAAGAGAGAGAACUUGGUGCCGUUUGUGGGGCUCAACAACCUGGGCAACACCUGCUAUUUAAACAGCGUCUUACAGGUGUUGUACUACUGCCCGGGACUCAUGGAAGGCAUAAAGAAACUGUACAACCUGUCUAAAAAGAAAGAAAAAGCAAAGGAAGAAACCGAUAAAAGUGAAGAGACGGAAGGUUUAGCAGAGUCCCUGCCGGCUCAUAUUGAGCUCCUAGGGAGUUUCAACAGUCUGAUAACAUCAGUGGAGCAGCUGCAGUCCAGCUUCCUACUCAACCCCGACAGCUUCAGUGAAGGCGAGCUCGCCACGCCGCCUCGUAAAAUACUACACACACUCAGGCAGCUGAACCCCAUGUAUGAAGGUUAUCUUCAGCAUGAUGCCCAGGAAGUUCUGCAGUGCAUCCUGGGAUACAUCCAGGAGGCCUGUGACACCAUCAGGAAGGAGCAGCAGUCGGAGAGGGAGGCCGAUGACGUGACAGAGGUCAAAACGGAGGACGGCGCCCAGUUGUGCUCCGGCAGCUCCGCGACAGAACCCAAAACUCCCGAAGAGGAGGACGGCCAAGUCAGCGGCAAGAGAAAGAGCGACACCGAGGUGGGAAACGCCAAAAAGAAGCCAAAAGCUGCCAAGGCGAAGAAAUCGGAUUCAGAGGAAGACAGCGGUAAUAGAAAUAAACCCUUCACCCGCUCCAAAAGGAAGUCCUCCAGUGAAAUUACAAUAGACAGCACCCAGGACAAAGACGGAGAGCAGGAAGAGGCGGAUGAGAGGAUGAAGAAGCAGGAGAAAGGAGAGAGCGACAGCGAGGGGAAAAGUGAAAAAGCAUCUAAAGAGGCAGACGGGAAAAGACAGAAGAGAGCUAAACUGAGCUGGCUGAGACCUUCAGGGAAUCAGCCCAGCAUCUUCUCCAAGUUCCGCAGCGUGGGGAAGAUCACCUCCGGGACUGUGAAGAACCAGACGAAAGCAGAGCAAGAGAACGAACCGACGGACGACAGAACCGAGAACGAGAAGAGCAGUCGAGAGCCGUCGCCCCAAAAUAUGAAUGAAGACAAAAAGGCAGUGAAACAUCAAGAGGGCCUGGACCUGAUGGAGCGCUUGUUCCAGGGCCAGCUGGUUCUGAGGACUCGUUGUCUGGAGUGCGAGAGCUUCACAGAGAGGAGAGAGGACUUCCAGGACAUCAGUGUCCCAGUGCUGGAUGACCAACCCAGCAGCCCUGACGACCUCUCUGAGGUCUCUCCAGAUCCGAAACCAGAGCUGAAGACUCUGAAAUGGGCCAUUGCCCAGUUUGCGUCGGUCGAGCGCAUCGUUGGAGAGGACAAGUACUUCUGUGAGACCUGUCAUCAUUACACUGAGGCUGAGAGAAGUCUUCUGUUUGACAAAACUCCUGAAAUCAUCACCAUUCACCUGAAGCGCUUCUCUGCCAACAGUCUAGAGCUGGACCCCUACAUGGGUCUGUCCAAAGUGAACACUCCCUUACAGACCCCUCUGACCUUGUCUCUGGAGGAGUGGUGCACCCGUCCCUCCUCUGCUAAAGGUCAACACUAUCAGCUCUUUGCCGUGGUCAUGCACAGCGGCGUCACCAUCAGCAGCGGCCACUACACCGCCUACGUCCGCAUGUCCGAUCUAAAAGACGUGAAGCUCUGGCUGCGGGACGGAAAAGAAACAGAAAAGGAGGAGGAAGAGGAGAGUAAAGAGGGGACGCAGGUGAAAGAUGAAGCUCUGGACUACGACGAUGGCGAGGUGUCUUUCAGCCUGAACGCGCGGGGACAGAGAGGCGCUAGCUUCAAGACGGGAGGCAAGAAGCUGUCAGAGGGUGGCGUCGGACUCUUGGGAGGCCAGAGGAGUUUUUCUAGUUAUGACCUCGGGAACGGCGGCAGCAAGCACGCAGAUAAAGCAGCCGGCAGCGGGACGACGGAGGGAUCGAAACGGAGAAAAAACAUUAAGAGCCAGAGCCAGAACGCUGAAGCAGGACUUAAAAAGGAGCCUGAGGCCGGAGAUGGAGCGGAAGCAUCGGGGGCUUCCUGCGGCGGGAUCGAGGCCACGGAGCAGCAGGCUUUGAGCAACCUCCUCGAAUACGAGGGCAAAUGGAUGCUGUUUGACGAUUCAGAGGUGCGUUUGUUUGAGGAAGAGGACUUCCUACGAGCCUGCUCUCCCGAGACGUGCUCCUCUUCCACACCUUACCUGCUGUUUUACAGAAGAAUGCCUGAGCCCGGACACUGACACGAACACGAGGGCUGCUGUUGACUCAGGGGGUCGCGCCAAGUCAGGUCUUUAUUAUUUUGUCAUACUUCAAAACAGUGCCAAAAAUACUGUGGCUGCCAUAUUAAGCUCCUCAUAUUGCAACAGUCUGGUCUCACUGUGAACGAAGGCUGUUCAAUCCUUCUCAUGGACUCCCCUCAAAGAUCUCUGGGUUAAAAAGUCAUAUUUUACAAAUACUCAGACAGAAGAGGGGUUUCAUUUUCUAUGUACCAGAAAUGACUUUGGCUAUUUUGUCUUUUUUUUUUUUUAUGUGACUGCCUCGCCUCUGUACACUGAAUACGGGGGCUCGUCUUUUUGCUGUUUGUCUGUACUUUUAUUCUACUUUCCUGGACACUGGCUUUAAUACUCUCAGUGUCUGUAACAUGUUCUGUUUUUUGAUUUUGUUUUCUCAGUUAUUUGGUUUGUAUUGGUCCUUUUUUUUUUUUUUUUUACAAAUUGGAAAAAGCACUUUUGAACUAAAACUUUGAGUGAAAAUGCAAAUGUUCCGGAAAAGUUUUUUUUUUUGUAGCUGGAAGCUUUUCUAUAUCACAUUAAUUUGCAUUUACAAGAGCCUGUGGGUGCUGUAUAUUUGGAAUGAAUUUCUCAACUGUAAAGUCAAAUAAAAACACAAAUCCAUCCAUUUUCAUAAGGUUAAGGAGAACAUGUGCCACAGACAUUUUUUUUCCUAAAUAUUUCCUUUAUCAGCUUUUAUGAAAGUUUAUCCUUUGCACUGAUCCCUUGUUUUUUUUUUUAUACAAACAUGAUCACGCUUUUUCUUGUACAUCUCAAACCUAAAGAUUUAUGCAUCUAUGCUGGAGAAACUUACGGUGUUGGACUGAUUGAUAACAGUAACAAUAACAGCAGAUAUUUACAAAAACAGACUAAAAUGUCAAGCAUCUAAUAUAUGCAAAGCUUAUACUGAACACGUUGGAUGGCACAGUCAAUGCUCAAAGUUCAUGCAGGGUGCAAAAUGAAGGUAUCUAAAAAUUUAAAAUUUCUUAUGUAAGAUAUCAGAUUUUUAAUAAGAUACAUUUAGCAAGUUUAAGAAACACUGCAUCACUUUUUGAGCUUGCAAACCAGGAUCUGAGUCCGUUGUUUAUCUCAUUUAAUUCAGUCAGUCGAUGACUUCACUUGUAAUUCUGUUCUCAUGCUGUGAGGAGAAGGAAGAGUCAGAGACCGGAGGGUUUUUAAAACCUGCCGAGCAACGUAAACAAGCGAGACUCUGAUUCCCACAGCAUAUGACCUACCUCCAGUUCUGUUUCUCUACUUGUUCUUUCAAAGAAGACUAUCUGUCAGGAAGUUAAUUAAUGGAAAAAACAAUUAAGCAAGCACGAAACAAAUUUAAGCCAUAAUCACGACAAGAUUUGAGCACACUGGGACGGAUUUAAAAGAGCAAAACAAGUUCAAAUCACAAGAGAACAGAAUUACAAAUGUCUUAAGUGAAAAGGGGAGGGAUUUGGUCGUUUCCUCACAGC